AACACUGUUGUUUUUUGUCCUUGUUUGUUUUUUUUUUAGCCGGUGGUUAGCUUAUCCUAUUCACUCCGGCAUCGGCAUCGUGGGAGAAGCAGACUAAGCCCUAAAACUGAGAAUCCCUAACGAAUCUACAGAUUCGGGAGCAUAGAUUAAUACUUAUAGUAAUUGGUCGAGAAUCGGCCUAACAGAUUUAAAUAGGAUCCCUCGCUCAGUAUACAUAUCUUAGAGACGAGAACGCAGAAAUUGGUUUACAACCGUCUCCUGAGAGAACUCUUCCUGGAGGAACACAAAGGAAUGAAUUAAAGAACAAUUUUUAUCUGACUCGCAAUUAAUUGUUUCCAAGGCAACGAGCUGUAGGUUAAAUUGGACUCGUAUAGGAGACGACAUGAAAUACAGUGGUUUUCUUUCUUUGUUGGCGUGUUCUACUAUACUAGUUAAAGCAGAUAAUAUACAAACCUUCCAAACUACUUUGGGUCACAUAAAAACAAAAACUUCAGAUAAUGUUCAACAACGGGCCGUCGAAAAUUUAAUUGGACGCAUCUUACCCAAUAGAACUUCUGAAUUUUCUAUUGUAGUCAAAUCAAAUUUUUCAGUAGAUGGAAGGGAAGCUUUUAAGAUUACAAAAGUACAUGACAAAAUCGAAAUAACGGGCACCACCGGCGUAGCAGCCUCAACUGGAUUCCAUUACUAUUUAAAGUACUAUUGUAAUGCUCACAUUUCUUGGGAAGUUUCACAGUUAAAUUUACCGGAAUCACUACCAAAGGCCGAUGUAACUAUUAUUUUAAAUGACAGAUUUCGCUAUUACCAAAAUGUCUGCACCACGAGCUACAGCUUUGUAUGGUGGGACUGGUCGCAAUGGGAGAAGCAUAUUGACUGGAUGGCCCUAAACUCUUUUAAUUUUGUGUUGGCUUUUAAUGGACAAGAGGCCAUUUGGGACCGGGUGUAUAAGAAGUUGAAUUUAUCAGAUGCCGAUAUUGACGAGCAUUUUUCUGGACCAACUUUCUUGUCCUGGUUAAGAAUGGGUAAUCUUCGUGGUUGGGGAGGUCCCUUAAGUCAAUCAUGGCACGAUAGAUCUCUUUACCUUCAGCACAAGAUCCUAGAUAGGAUGAGAGAGUUCGGGAUUAUUCCUAUUUUGCCUGCGUUUGCUGGACAUGUGCCUAGGGCAUUUGAAAGGAUAUUUCCAGAUACCAACAUGACAAAAAUGGCAAAAUGGAACAACUUUCCGGACAAAUAUUGUUGCCCGCUGUUCAUCGAUCCAACCGAGCCCCUGUUUCAAACUGUCGGAAAAUUAUUUAUUCAAGAACAAAUAGCGGAGUAUGGUACCGAUCACGUGUACAACUGUGACAGUUUCAACGAAAUGCAACCUGGAAGCAGCGAUUUGACCUAUCUGUCAAAUGUCGGUAAAAGUAUUUACGGAGCUAUGACGUCUGCUGAUCCAGAUGCCAUUUGGGUGUUGCAAGGAUGGCUCUUCUACAACGACCCGUUUUGGACAAACUCUAGUAGGGCUAAGAGUUUUUUGACAAGCGUACCUACGGGCAAAAUGAUAGUUUUGGACUUACAAUCCGAAGAGUUUCCACAAUUCACACGCCUGGAACAAUACUUUGGGCAACCCUAUAUUUGGUGUAUGCUUCAUAAUUUCGGUGGUACAAUCGCCAUGUACGGUUCGGCUGGUAUUAUAAACACAGAGGUACUUAAAGCUCGUAGCUCGGUUAACUCCACCAUGAUAGGCACAGGACUGACCAUGGAGGGCAUUAAUCAGAACUAUGUUAUUUAUGACCUCAUGACUGAACAGGCUUGGAGGAAUGAAUCCAUUGAUCUAUCAGAGUGGUUCAAAAAUUAUUCUAGGAGAAGAUAUGGAAAAGAGGAUCAGAAUGCUCAGAAAGCUUGGGAGGGAUUUUACGUUACACUGUAUAAUUUUAGUGGAACAGAGAGGAUGAGAGGGCAGUUUGCGAUAACCAGAACUCCUGGAUUAGAUAUCUACACAUGGUCUUGGUAUAAAUAUUCUGAUUUUUUCGACUCCUGGAAACUAUUCUUAAAGGCUGCAAAUAAUUUAAAAGAUAGUCCGGGAUAUUUGCAUGAUUUGGUGGACUUAACCAGACAGGUUCUGCAGGAUAAUGGAGAUAUUUAUUAUAAUAGAUUAGUGACGGCUUUUAAGGACAAAAAUAUUACCGAGUUUCAAAAAGUGGCAACGAUCUUCAGAGGUAUCUUCUUGGAUCUCGAAUCUAUUCUAGCCACAAACGAGGACUUUCUAUUGGGUAGGUGGUUGGACGCAGCCAAAAAAUGUGCUAAUGGCAGCAGCGAGGAAAAACUCUUUGAAUACGAUGCAAGGAACCAAAUUACUUUAUGGGGACCGUAUGGAGAAAUAAUAAAUUAUGCCAUAAAACAAUGGUCUGGUAUGGUAAAAGAUUUCUUGUAUCCACGGUGGGAUGAGUUUAUUUUUGCCAUGAAUUUGAGUCUGGUUUAUAAAGUGGAAUUUGACGAAACUCUGGAAAAAAAUUUAAUAUUCGUUCUUUAUGAGGAACCAUUUGUGUUUUCUAGGAAAAACUACACCAUAGAACCGGAAGGUGAUACGAUCUCUAUAGCUCAGGCCAUUGCAAACAGGGACUGGUAUACAGACGUUCAAUAUGUUCCAAAAUUGAAGGUGAUACCUGUGAGAAAUAGGAGAGUUUAUAAACAAAGUGAAAAGUUCAAUGAAUAUACAGAUGAAGAGAUGCUCAAGAUGCGCAGGCAGUUAUCAAGAAUUAGAAAUAUUGAUAAAUUGAGAAAAUAUUUUUAUUCGUAGUAAAAAUUAUGAAAUGAUUUAUAUUGUGAAAUGAAAAUCUUUUCCAAAUGAAAUAUAGUUUUAUUUUUGUUAUAGCAAGAUGAGUUUCCUGGUCUGAUAAUGUCUUUAUAGACAAAAUAUGUAACCAAUAAAAAUUCAUUUUUGUACUAUACUGUA